GAAGGAGACAGAGGAGAAGAAGACAAGACAGAGAGGGAGGGGGAGAGAGUAAGACCGAGGCGAAGGAAGGAGAUUUACUCCAAGCAGAAGAACUUGUGAGAGAAGAAACCAGAGACCAGAGGAGAGGUAGAGGGGGAGGGAGUUAGAGAAGAAAAUCCCAGUGAGCUGGUGCCCCUCCAAAAAUUAAGGACACAUCGGGCCUUUUAUUUUAGGAAUGAAUGCUGAUCCAUGUUUGUCUUAUUGUGAAGCCACUGCCAUGGAUUGUUACUACAGCCCGACCACAGGCAGGGAGCCGCAGAGUUCUCCUUUUAGGGCAUUCCAGCCCAGUGAUAAGUUUAGUCCUGCUUUCCUGGCCAGCAAAGGACAAGGCUUUGGAGACAAGUCCCGGGGCUCCUUCCAACAGGACUGCCAGUCUAUGGAUGGCAGCACCAGCGAGCAGCAGCAGCAGCAGGGCUCCUUCACCAAGUACCAGUCUCACCACAGUCAGCCCCAACAGCAGCCUCACAUCUACAUGCAGAACAGCUCCUGCAAGUCUCCUGCAGACAGCCUGAAGCUGCAAGACAGUCCUGGAGACCCCCUCCUUCCUUGCUACGGAAAAGAGACUUCUCUAACGCCAAAUAGUGAACCCCCAGGAAUGGACGGUGGAUAUCUGAAUAAGGAAGGUUCAGGAAAGGGCUCCCAGGACCGAGGAAGCAAUGACCUUCCUAUGGAUAAAGGCGAAUCGGAGAGCAACAAAGGAAAGAAGAGGAGGAACAGGACCACGUUUACAAGUUACCAGCUGGAGGAGCUGGAGAAGGUCUUCCAGAAGACGCACUAUCCAGAUGUUUACGCCCGGGAACAGCUGGCCAUGAGGACUGACUUAACUGAAGCCAGAGUGCAGGUUUGGUUCCAGAACCGGAGGGCGAAGUGGAGGAAAAGAGAGCGGUUCGGACAAAUGCAGCAAGUGCGAACUCACUUCUCCUCAGCCUAUGAGCUGCCACUACUGACAAGAGCCGAAAACUAUGCCCAGAUCCAGAACCCGUCUUGGAUUGGGAAUAACAAUGGUGGUUCUCCGGUACCGGCCUGCGUGGUGCCAUGCGACACCAUCUCCUCCUGCAUGUCCCCCCACACCCAUCCACACUCCGCCGGGGGAGUGUCAGAGUUCCUCAGCGUUCCGGGCCCCGGCUCUCACGUAGGUCAAGGGCACACGAGCGGGCUCUUCAGCAGCGCGGGCAUGGGACCCGGAAUAAAUGGUUACGACUUGAACGUUGAACCCGACCGUAAGAGUUCCAGCAUCGCAGCACUCAGGAUGAAAGCCAAAGAACACAGCGCGGCAAUGUCGUGGGCCACAUGACAGCGCUACCAAAACAUACUGACGCUCCAGCCGCCCUGUGGCGCAGACCCACGCUCUGUAACGGGGAUGCCUGCAAAUCACCUUCCCAUGGACUAAAAGCUCACCAUCUACGAGACGCCGACUUCCGAGGAAAUGCCGGGAGCUCUACAAUUCAGGGAUAUUUUACCUUCAUGGGGGAUUGACCCAGCAAAGCAUGGCGGCUUCCGAUACCUGUCAAGACUGCGCCUGUCCCCUUCUAUGGUGGAGCCUUCUGCCAGGGUGUGUGUGUGUGUGUGAGAGGGAGGGGUGCUUGGACUCUGCCUGGGCCGCUAUGAUGUUCAGGCAGAGCUGCCUGGUGCCUCAAGGUUUUAUAAUGUCCUGAGGAACCUAAUGGAAAAGGUUUAGCUGCCAAUUUACACAGAAGCUUAUGGUGAUUUCGGGUUAGAACAAUUGGAUAUCAGAUUGCUUUGCUGAGUUUAUUUUUACUUUUAACUCCGUUUUUUUCUUUGUAUUUCUUAGCCAUGAGUGGGUGAGGUGUGUACAUGGGGGGCAGGGCUCUCCCAGCCAAAUGCAAAAGAGGACCCCCUUACUGGUGCAAAUCACAAAGGAGGGCCCAGCGCUCUUCUAUAUCCUAUGUAGGGCGGCCAUUGUCCAUGGUGAUGGGGUCAUCCUGAAGAGUUUGGGGCCACUAUAACUACAGGAUGCAUAGCAGCUGCUACAGACAUGGAAGAGGGCCAGAGUCAAGGGAUUCGAUUAGGCUUUGCUAAACUUUUUUAUUUUUAUUUUUUACCAUGGAGGGGCCUAAAAAACAAAGAGGGGCUAAAAAUUCCUCUUCAUUCAAAGUCUUGGUCCAGCCCCUUAAUGCAUGGGUCCUAUACUAGCUACAGGAUGUGUCCCUUUGCUACCUGUCGCAACUAGCGCAUAUGGUGCACCAUGGAGCGACUGGCAGCCCUCCGCCCUUGUUCUUUUAUGACCCUUGUGCCAGUUUCCCUCUAGAAACCUUGGGGCCCUGAAUAAAAGGUACACUGUCCAUGAGAAGUGUAAAGGAAAGCCACCCCACCAUAUACUGGGGCCUCCUAAUGUAUGGGCGCCAUAGUAGCUUCAUCUUUGCUAACAUUGGCUACAACUACCACACCCUGUAUUAUUCCAUGGUAAACUAUGGAGGGUCCAGCGCUCCUCUCCACAUCUCUCCUCUACAGUGUCCAACGGGCAUGGGGCCCCUUUAUCCUGGAGCCCAGCAACAUGAGCUGCCUCUAUACUACCUAUGCUGUUGGUGGUAGUGAACCAUAGAAGAUUCCCAAGUUAAAGCGGUUGUCUCUCUUCCGCAAAUGUCAUUUUUCAUGUAGAGAAUGUUAAUACGAGGCACUUACUAAUGUAUUGUGAUUCUCCAUAUUGCCUCCUUUGCUGGCCGGAUUCAUUUUUCCAUCACAUUACACACGGCUCGUUUCCAUGGUUCCGACCGCUCUGCAAUACAGCAGUGGUGGUUGUGCUUGCACACGAUAGGAAGAAGCACCAGGUGGCUGGGCCCUGUUGGAGAGGGCAUAGGCUCGCAUGCGCAGCAGCUCUCGUCCCGCCUUCUCGUAUCUGCGCUGCAGCAGUUGCCACAACCUCUGGAAACGUGGAGAAGUGUAUAAUGUGAUGGACAAAUGAAGCAAGCCAGGAAAGGAGGCAAUAUGGACAAUCACAAUACAUUAGUAAGUGCCUGGUAUUCACUUUCUCUAUAUGAUAAAUGCAGUUUGUUGAAGUCAGACGACCCCUGGAGCCAGGAGCCAGGCAUAAGGUGCUUAAAGUUAUAAUAGUCACUUGAAUUCCCAUGAAUGUCUGAAGCAGCACAGGCCGGAGGGUCACAGGAGGGUCCUGUCCCACCAGAAACGAUCCAACAUAUUGUAAUUAUUGCACACACAUGAGAAUAUUAAAUUAAUUUGUCAUGGUUGCUUUGUUGCGUCGCUGAAUCCUUUUCUCUGAGGGGCUCCCCGCUGCGCCUUUCAAUAGAUGUACUAAUAGGGCUGCCAAAUCGGCCAUUUAGAACUGGAACAUAUGAAUUACACAUGCCGGGCGGAUACAAUGUAACCAGAGGGGUGUGCAUCUCAUAUGUAUCCAGUUCUUGUAACAUUUGCCUAUUUAUUUGUAAAUACUAAUAUAGCCAUACUUUUUUUUUUUUUUUUACACAUCCAGAAAAUUUGAGUAAACUAGGCUCCUUUAAAAAUAAAUCAAAUUUUAUUGAACAUG